CAUCAGUACACUACAGGCCCUGCAGACGUUUACUCACCUCUCAACAGCUCAACAGCUGCUGGUACUCUGGUAUUUAAUCAGAUGUGCUUCUGAGUUGUCAGUAGACUUGAAUAGAGGGAUUUAAAGCCGCUGAGUGAUGAAGUUUUGGAGCAUGAGGGUGAGCCAAGUGUUGCAGUUGUCCACUUUACUGGUAGGACUUCGCCAUAUCUGGUGUUCUCCUGCACUAGGUCAGGUCCCUGUGUCUCAGGUGAAGAUGCUCUCGCUGGGUCUGGCUCACCUGCUGGAAGGGGUGAGUGAGAACGUGGAGCGACUGGAGCAGCAUGGAGAAAUGAUGGGACGAGAGAUGGACGGGGCAACAAAGCGUUUGGAGAGCCUUCGUAAGAAAAAUAUACAAGUGGGACGGACUCACAAACAGGUGAGGAAGGUCCUGCAGACAUUGUCUGCCAGGAGGGACAGACAAUGGAGGACAGUCAGAGACCUGCAGAAGGAGUCGGAGGAUCUGGAGACUGAACAGGCAGCCAUGCAACGCCGCAUGAACCGGAUCCUCCAGAGUAUGAAGAGCCUGACUGAGGCAAGGUCAAGGGGUGGGGCUUAUACUGACAUCAGCUCCAUGAAGGUUCUCAUUGAUAAACAGGCCCGAAGACUUGCCAGCCUGACCUCUGAGGUCUCUGCGUGGGAGAGAAUGAUCGACAGAUGCCAGCAGUACAUCGAACAUCUGGAGAAACAGCUGUCUUCAGAUGCCUAAAAGCCUCCCAGCAGCGCAGAGGGCAGAGGUUCACCCAGACUGUGACCGAUGAGCACAGCUGCAUCAACACUGUGACUCUGACCAACUUACAGGCUGAGACUGAUGCUGCAAAACUGACAAGGCAAACAGCUCUGACAGUCAGCCAUGUGAGACGUCAGUGCCUCUUUAAACUUGUGCGCCAUCUGCAUCUCACAAGGACGUAUUGUUUUUUUACAGCAUAAAGCAAAUAUUUUUACCCAAAACAUAAUAAAACGUCUCA